AUGGAUGUGUGUGGCUGGAAAGAAAUGGAGGUUGCUCUAGUCAAUUUCGACAACUCGGACGAAAUCCAGGAAGAACCGGACUUCGACCCAACCAACCCCAAAGGCCGGCCCGGGAGCAGCCCCUUCUCUAACUGGCGGGUCCUCAUCAGUGACAACACUUACCACGAGACAGCCUUCUCCAAGCUUCCCGAAGACUGUGCCGAUGCCCCUGGGCCUGAGCCAGUGGCCCUGAAGGAAGGAAACCAGCGAGUGAUCAUCAACAUUGCUGGCCUGAGGUUCGAGACCCAGCUCAGAACCCUCAAUCAGUUCCCAGAGACCCUCCUGGGAGACCGAGAGAAAAGGACGCAGUUCUUCGACUCCAUGAGAAAUGAGUAUUUCUUUGACCGGAAUCGACCCAGUUUUGAUGGGAUCCUCUAUUAUUACCAAUCUGGUGGGAAAAUCCGGCGCCCGGCCAAUGUCCCCAUUGAUGUCUUUGCUGACGAGAUCUCCUUCUAUGAACUGGGCAGCGAGGCCAUGGACCAGUUCCGGGAGGACGAAGGCUUCCUCAAAGACCCUGAGAUACCUCUCCCUACCAACGACUUCCACCGGCAGUUCUGGCUCCUCUUUGAGUACCCCGAGAGCUCCAGUGCGGCCCGAGGCGUGGCCGUGGUCUCCGUGCUGGUUGUGGUCAUCUCGAUCACCAUCUUCUGCCUGGAGACGCUGCCAGAGUUCCGGGAGGACAGGGAGCUGAAGGUGAUCAGAGACCCCAGCCUCAACACGAGCAAGGCAGUCCUCUCCCACACCAUGUUCACGGACCCCUUCUUCAUGGUGGAAUCCACCUGCAUCAUGUGGUUCACCUUCGAGCUGGUGCUCCGAUUCGUGGUCUGCCCCAGCAAGACGGACUUCUUCAAGAACAUCAUGAACAUCAUCGACAUCAUCUCCAUCAUCCCCUACUUUGCAACGCUCAUCACGGAGCUGGUCCAGGAGACAGAGCCGACUGCCCAGCAGAACAUGUCCCUGGCCAUCCUGAGGAUCAUCCGCCUGGUGAGGGUCUUCCGCAUCUUCAAGCUCUCCCGCCACUCCAAGGGGCUGCAGAUCCUGGGGCAGACGCUGAAGGCCUCCAUGCGGGAGCUGGGGCUGCUCAUCUUCUUCCUCUUCAUCGGGGUCAUCGUCUUCUCCAGCGCCGUCUACUUCGCCGAGGUGGACGAGCCCGAGUCCCACUUCUCCAGCAUUCCUGAUGGCUUCUGGUGGGCAGUGGUCACCAUGACGACCGUGGGCUAUGGUGACAUGUGUCCGACCACCCCGGGGGGGAAGAUAGUGGGCACUCUGUGUGCCAUUGCGGGGGUCCUCACCAUCGCCCUCCCGGUGCCUGUCAUCGUCUCCAACUUCAACUACUUCUACCACCGCGAGACCGAGAAUGAAGACAAGCAGAACUUCCCGGGGGAAAUCGACAAGGUCCUCCACAGCGUGGGCAGCACCGACUCUCUCUCGAAGACCAGCGGUGGCUGCUCCACAGAGAACUCCAGGAAGUGA